CUAAUUUGAUUGGACCACCAAUCAUAUAAUUUGUAACUGAUCAUUAACUUGAAUGAGGCUUCCUGAUUAAAUUUUAAUUAAUUUACUCAAAAUGGUUUCAAAAACAAAUUGAAAUAAAAAUAAAAUACUUUAGAAAAAUACAUAUUCAACUACCAAAUUUUACUAUGAACACCACUUUCACCACCAACAUGAGCAAUCAGCAGGGUAUGUGGACCCCUAACCAGUAUGGGAUGCCAAAUAGUUAUCAACCAGCUUACACCAGACCAAAUACCUCCAUGGAGUGCCCAGUUAAAGACUGUUCCUGUGAGUGCUGCAAGAACUCACAGAGAGGUACACCUUGUGUCCGUCAAGCAAAUACCUCAAAGUCAGAUGCAUCAUCCCAGACAGAAGGUGUGGACUUUCUUACACAAAAGCCAUCAGACAACAAGGUUUACUUCAAAAGAGGAUCAUUUCAUCAUACCCUUGUACAAAGAAAAAUCAGUGAUGUUAUUAGCAAGUAUGAGUUAACAAGCAAAAAGAAUCUGUUUUUUGGCAAAGCAGUUAUUGAGGUCCUGACUUCUUUUCCUGGUCUGGAGUUCUCCACAGAAAACAGAGAUAAAGUGUGUCAACGUGUUGCAAAGGCCAUUAGAUGGAAAAAGUUCUCAGUCAAAAGAAAACUCAAAAAGCAGGAAGUACACAAUGAAGUAAGACCUGAUGUGCCAGUAAUAGCAGACAUUGUACCAGAACCCAGAGCUGACAGUCCACAACCAGCAAGUCCAGUGGCAGGCCCUUCUGUGCCACUUACACCUCCAACUGUCCAACCAAGCCAAAGUGACUUAGAUUCAGAUGAUGACAUCCUUCUGAUCUGCCUCCAAAAGAACCAGCAAGACAAGGCAACAGUAUAAACAUUGUUUAAAAUAAGUUUUAUUUAUUGUGUG